GGAGGGACUGCCCCCCCGGAGAUCCCGUGGGAGAUGGCCCCAGGGGCACCCGCCUUCCUGCUGCUGCUCCUGCUGCCACUGCCCAGGUCCCCGCCUUGUGCUGUGGGCUGCCCCAACAACUGUCGCUGCUACAGCGCUACUGUGGAGUGUGGUGCCCUGAGGCUGCGCGCUGUCCCGUCUGGAAUCCCUGCCGGGACACAGACACUGUUCCUGCAAGACAACAGCAUUGAGCACCUAGAGCCUGGUGUCCUGGCGCCCCUCGCAGCCUUGCGCCACCUCUACCUGCACAACAAUAGCCUGCGUGCCCUCGAGCCCGGAGCAUUCCGGACGCAGCCCCGCCUCCUGGAGCUGGCGCUCACUGGCAACAGGCUGCAGGGCCUACGCACGGGCGCCUUUGCUGGUCUGAGCCAACUGCGCAUCCUCUACCUGGCUGGUAACCAACUGGUGCAACUGCUGGAUUUCACCUUCCUGCACCUGCCGCGACUGCAGGAGCUGCACCUGCAGGAAAACAGCAUCGAGCUGCUGGAAGACCAGGCACUGAGUGGGCUGUCCUCACUGGCACUGCUGGACCUUAGCAGGAACCAGCUGGGCACCAUCAGCCGUGAGGUCCUGCAGCCGCUGGCCAGCCUGCAGGUCCUACGCCUCACAGAGAACCCUUGGCGCUGUGACUGCGCCCUGCUCUGGCUGGGAGUCUGGAUCAAGGCGGGGGGCCAGCGGCUGCUCAGCUCCAGGGACAAGAAGAUCGUGUGUGCCGAGCCCCCGCGCCUGGCUCUGCAGAGCCUGCUGGAGGUCUCCGGCAGCAGCCUCAUCUGCAUCCCGCCUUCCGUGCACGUGGAGCCGCUGGAGGUGACGGCCAACCUGGGUGAGGACCUGCGGGUGGCCUGCCAGGCUUCCGGCUACCCGCAGCCGCUGGUGACCUGGAGGAAGGUGGCCCAGCCUCGCGAGGGGCCGCGGCGAACCCAGGCCCCGCCGGCCGGCCGCGCGCAGGGCCAGCGCGGGCCGGGGGCACCCGACACCGGGAGCGGCAUGCUGUUCCUCACCAAUGUCACGCCGGCACACGCCGGCAGGUACGAGUGCGAGGCCGCCAACGCGGGCGGCGCGGCCCGCGCGCCCUUCCAGCUGCGGGUCAACGCGUCGCAGGCGCCGCCGCCCGCGCCCGCGGGCCCUGGGCCCCGGGCGCCGCCGCGUGAAGCGGGCAGCAUGGCCUUCCGCGCGCUGGGCCUGGCCACGCAGACGGCCGUGGCGGCCGCCAUCGCGCUGCUGGCGCUCACGGCGCUGCUGCUGGCCGCGGCCAUCUGCCGCCGGCGGCGCCGCGGGACCAAAGCGCGGGCGCCACCGGGCCAGGGCGCGAGUUUCGUCAGCGACUACGCGGACGGGCCCUGCACCUUCGCGCAGCUCGAGGAGCUCCGCGGCGAGCGCGGCCACGAGAUGUUCGUCAUCGACCGCUCCAAGCCCCUGUUCGCCGAGGGGGCGGCGGCCGAGGCCGCGCGAGGGCGGCGGCCGCCACCGCCGCCGCCGCCGCCGCCUCCGCCGCGGGCCUACGACCUGCGCUGCUGA